GUCAGUGAUCGUUUCUACUAUUGGGUUUUAAGUCUACUGACAAUUUUUAUAUUUAAAGAUGGCUUUAAGUGCUUCAAUGUCUAGCUGUGCCGAUACAGUUGCUACUAAUUUAGAAGAAGAUGAUGAAUGCAGCUAUCAUCCGGUUUCAAAAUUGCAGGGAGGAAAUAUAAGUGCUGCAGAUGUUAAAAAACUUAGUGAUGCUGGAUAUCACACUGUUGAGUCCAUUGCAUUUACUCCAAAAAGGCAUUUAAUGGCGAUCAAAGGAAUAAGUGAAGCGAAAGCUGAUAAAAUAAUGGCUGAAGCUACUAAAUUUGUUCCUAUGGGAUUCACUACUGCUACUGCAGCCCACCAAAAGCGUUCAGAAUUAGUUCAGCUGACUACUGGCUCAAAAGAACUUGACCGUCUUUUGGGUGGUGGUAUUGAAACUGGUUCAAUAACUGAAAUAUUUGGUGAAUUUCGUUCUGGAAAAACUCAGAUUUGUCAUACAUUAGCUGUUACUUGUCAGCUUCCAAUUGAUGAUGGUGGCGGUGAAGGUAAAUGCAUAUAUAUUGAUACAGAAGGUAGUUUUCGGCCUGAACGACUUAUUGAAACAGCAAAACGAUUUAAUAUGAAUAGCACAGAUGUCCUUGAUAAUGUAAUUGUUGCUAGAGCUUUUAAUUCUGACCAUCAAACACAACUUUUACUCCUUGCUGCUGCUCUUAUGACAGAGUCUAGGUUUGCAUUGCUGAUUGUUGAUAGUGCUAUGGCAUUAUACAGAACAGAUUUUUGUGGGAGAGGUGAAUUAGCUGCAAGACAAUCUCAUCUUGCUCGAUUUCUAAGGCUGCUUUUAAGAUUAGCCGAUGAGUUUGGAGUAGCAGUUGUUAUUACUAAUCAAGUAGUAGCUCAAGUUGAUGGGGCUGCUAUGUUUUCUGCUGAUCCAAAAAAGCCUGUUGGCGGACACAUAAUGGCACAUUCUUCUACAACAAGGUUAUAUUUAAGGAAAGGACGCGGGGAAACUAGAAUUUGCAAAGUAUAUGACUCACCAUGUUUGCCUGAAGCUGAAGCUAUGUUUUCAAUUAAUCCAGAUGGCAUUGGGGAUGCUAAAGAAUAAAUUUAUUUUUAAGAUUUUGUGUGAUGAAAAUCAUUUGUGUUAAGUUUUUAAAAAUUAAUUUUGUUUUGUAAAAAUAGUAGAACUUAUUAAAGUAUUGAAGCAUACAUGAAAUAUUAAAAAAAUUAUCAAUAAUUA